AUGGCAUCGAUAACAGAUCAUCCAUAUCACAUGUUCCCGAGAUCUGGAGAACAAGAUUUCAUGCUUUACCCCGAGAGCCAAGCGCCGGCUGGCUACGCAUCACCGCCCAUGGACGGCCAAUAUAGCCCCGAAGCAUUUGGAUUCCCUCAGCACUCGGGCUUCGAGCCCAACCCAAUGUAUACCUUUGACAGCAGACUGUCCCCUGGGGCAUAUCCCGAAGACGGCGAGCUUCGAGUCACGUCUUCGAACCUCUCGACCACUUCAGCUUCAUCGUCCAACAUGGGAUCGCCACACUCAAACCACGACCAACUGGCGUAUAACCCAGAGUUCGGCCAGAACGCCAUGAGCAUAAAUCCCGGCAUCGUUGGCGACUAUUGCACCGGCACCGAAUACUCGACCUACGUCCCCCAAGAGAUGGAGGGAUACAGCAUGGUUUAUGAGAGCAAGCCUGGCUUCGUUGGUGAGUUGGCACAGGUCCCUAGAAAUUGUACGCAGACCGAUUCUAUUUCCUUUGUGUCAUCGUCCGACGAUUUUGUCCCGCCCGGCCUCGCGCUCGACACCAAUCUACCGAACAAUUCUUCUUCCCCGACGCUGUCGAGGGCCACUUUCGAAUCUCCUAUGUCUUCAGCCCCUUCUGUAUUCUCACCUCCCAUCACGGCUGGGCCGCAAUGGGACAGUCCCAGCAGCGUGGAAGCACCGAGUCCUGUCAUUCUAGCCAAGACUCCGCGCGUUUCUUUCUUUUCUCAGAGCAGCGGUCAUUUCGCAGCUCCACUUGGUUGUCGGUUUCCUCUGUCAAAUGCGAAGGCUUUCCAUGCAAGGGAAAAGUGUACUGACUCGCGCCCUCGUCCAGAUCCCUCGGUACUUCACCCGGAGCUCAGAGGACCCAUGGGGCCUCCCAUGCAAGGAUAUGAGAACACUUUCUCACCACAGAACCCCUACCCCAACUCUCCCGCACUCUCUGGAGCCACCUCGCCCGUGCCUGGCAUGCGGAACGGUAGCGCUUCGCCUUACGUUCCCGCCUUUCAGUACAGCCCUUUCGCAGUUCCUGCCCAGGACGGCCGCCGGCCAAGCUUGUCAUCAUUCCAGUCGCAAGAUUACUCGUAUAGUGGAGACGAGUCCAAGGAGAAGCAGCGAUGCCCCCAUCCAGAUUGCGGCAAAACGUUCAAGGACCUGAAGGCGCACAUGUUGACGCAUCAGAAUGAACGUCCAGAGAAGUGCCCGAUCCAGACGUGCGAUUACCACGUCAAGGGAUUCGCCCGGAAAUACGACAAGAACCGCCACACCCUGACGCACUACAAGGGCACCAUGGUGUGCGGUUUCUGUCCUGGAUCGGGCUCGGCGGCGGAGAAGUCGUUCAACAGGGCUGAUGUCUUCAAGCGACAUCUCACAGCCGUGCACGGUGUUGAGCAGACCCCUCCGAACAGCCGCAAGAAGACUUCUACUUCGGUGAACACUGGCAAGAAGUUGACCGGAUACGCACCAGACGCCACCGGCAAGUGUUCGACAUGUUCGUCGACAUUCUCCAAUGCCCAAGACUUCUAUGAGCAUCUGGACGACUGUGUGCUGCGUAUUGUCCAGCAGGAAGACCCCGCUGAGGCAGUCAACGCCCGCCGCUUGGCCGAGGUCGAGAACGACAAGGAGGUCCACCAGACCCUCGAGAAAAACUCGCUCCCCCUCACGACCCAGACGAACCCCCUCUCUGAUGAGGAAGACGAUGAGGACAUGGACGAAGACGAUUUCCAAGAUGCCGAUUACAAGGGACGGAAGCCCUCGCCCAAGAGGAAGGGCAACCCGGUCAACGGUGUUCAGAAGUCGCGCGGCAUGACGCACUCCCGCGGCGGCCCAGCGCUCAACGCCAAGACCAAGGGCCGCAAGAGCCGCCGGGACUAUCCUUCGUCAUGGGGCUUUGACAAGGGCCAGAUGACCAUGAAGAAGCGCGUGAUGGCUGUCUUUGAUGGACCUCGCCGCCUGGCCAAGGACGACAUGAUGCUCUCCACCGAGCAGGAGGUUCGCCUCAAGCUGUCUGACGGCAAGUCGUACGUCACCGAUCUUGACGUUCAGACCAUGAACCGCGCGCACGGCUUCCUCGGCGCCACGGAUGAAGAGAAGGGUGUCUGGAUCUCGGAUGAUCCCACCGAGGAAGACAUGCGCAAGAUGCUGGAACUUGCGGGCCAAUAG